AUGAAAAUUUUGGAAAAGAGAUAUGGAAAAAGGUGUUUGAUCGUUAACUCUAUACUAGACGGUUUGACAAAGGGCCCAGCUAUACCAAGUAGGGACAGAACCGCCUUACAAAAGUUCGCAGACGAAGCUGCUAGCGCCAAUGUAACUCUAAAAUCAUCGUGCUGCUUGAAUGAAGUUAACCAAGGAAAUCUGGUGGAAAUGUUACGUCGACUGCCAAAAUAUCUUCCGGAAAGAUUUGCAGUUGUAGCUUGCGAUCUAGAAGCGAAAGAAGACCAGUUUCCUACAUUGAACGACUUUGCAAGCUUUCUCGACAAGUGGGCAAACGUUGCCAAUCACCCGAUAAACGCAAGCAAUACCGAUCAACAAGAAGGUUCAGGACUAGCAAAGGGAAAGAUGAAAUAUGGUCCAAAGAUGGCGUGGGCUAUGGGCGUCCAAGGAGACGACAGCAGAAAUAUUUACAAGUCAGCCAAAGUCACUACUCCGUGUCGUUGUUGUUCGCAAGCACAUCCAAUAUAUCGUUGUGAACUGUUCAAAGGUAAAACCCCUGGUGAAAGGUUCGAGUUAGCUAAAAGGAAAAACCUCUGCUACAAUUGUCUAAAGAGCAACCAGAUCAAGCAACUUGGUAGAACAGUGAAACAUACUGACAGGUCUUGCACUAGCAAAUUUAAAUGCAAAAUCGAAGGGUGUGGAGCAUUGCACCACACUUUGUUACAUAAACAUCGAGCUCCCAACUGUUACAAGCAGCACAGCCACGUCGAAAGCACCUCAUGCUGUACUUCUGAGAGUAAUUCCUGUGCGCGUUAUUGGAGAACGGCAAGUCGCGACCACAUACGCAAUGUUGGACUCGGGCUCGGAAAUCAAUCUAGUAGACCCGUCAUUGGUUAAACAAGUAGGAGCACAAGGACAUCUCGAUAAAAUAGUGGUGUCAACCGUGAGUAACGAGAAUGAUGUACAACACGGCUAUCGCAUAAAUCUAUCAGUGGAAUCUCUUAUCGAUGAAAAGCCGAAGCGUUUGAAGCUAACUAAUGCUUGGAGCAGUUAA